UGUCGAUCACGCAAACACUGCUGUGAAUAACUUUAACGACUAUCAAUUUCGUCUAAUUUUGGAAGAACAUCUUUAGAAGUCACUUUUUUGCAAUACGAACAGCGUGCCAAGUCACGCGAAGCGUAUCAAUGAAUGUAGCAUCGUACUUAAGAUACAUAUAACGUUUUCACAUGGUAAAUGUUCAUUUAAACGACCUGCUUUCUCUUUAUAAAGCUUUCUUAUGCGAUAUUGAGUACUUUUUCAAUUAAUCUCAAAAACAUUUUGCGUGUGGUGUUUUGUUUAUUUACAUUGUCAGCUUUGGGGUCACGUAAGUUCAGUUUGAAAAUAUUUGGAUAGAAAAUUAUACAAGGAAACUACGCAUCAUAAAUGCAAACAAACGUACAGAACUUGAUCACGUUACCCAAGUGACUCACGCAAGGCAGAAUUAAAACACGUAGACCUUUUUUUCACAAAAACCGAACAACGGUUUCCCGCAUGGCUUCAAAAUGUUCUUUUUCUUGCGGUGAAACUGAAGGAUUUAAAGCUACACAGAAAUUUGUUCAAUCGCUUUGUAAAUGGUUCAGAAUUAAUAGUACGUGCCUCAACCAAUCAGAGGAAGCAAGCUCAUUGUUCAACAAAUCACGCGCAAAAUCAAAAGAAAUACGUGACUUGCAUUUUCCCGCGGUUGGCGCCGGUUGCAUGUUUGAGCUCUGAGCGCAGAUUGGUGACUGGCGCUAUUUACGCUUGUUGUGAUUGGCCAGAUGUGCUUACUCAGGUUUUGGUUCUAAAUUCCGCUCAAAUCCAUGUUUUUUCACACUGAUUUGCUCUCUUCUGCACUUGAAAAGCCUUGUAAUAGCUUUUGUUGAGAGUUUAUACAAGUUUUGAUCAAUUUUGUUUUACCACAAUUAUAUUUUUGUGUUUGCCUUUAGGCGAAAACUUGAUUAAACUAAGCUGCCGCUCUUAAAUCCUUUAGUGUAACUAUUUUUUUUAUCAUAUUCUUUCUUAACAGUCGGCACUCAAAUAAGCUGUAAAUUAUUCAUUGAUGUCCAAUUAAAUUUGGAUUCCCUAUAUUAAACGCAGUUCAAACCUACCUAGUCAGGAUGUAAAGAGAAAUACUAUCUUUAUACCAAUAUAACUGUAUUCCUUAUCUCAGAAAUUUUCAUUUAAAGAACCCAAUUAAUUCCCUUUCCCCAACGCAAAAACGUCAUUGUUUUCGUCAUUAUAUGCCAUUAUUCAACUUCAUUAUUCGUGCUUCGGUCUCUUAAAAUGCCGCGAAGUACGUAAGGAAAUUGUUAGUGAAAAGGUCAGUACCGCUCCUUCACUCAUUUAACCACUAAUCCUUAAUCCGGCCUCAGACGAUAGCGUGAUCUCGUGACUUACUAACUUCUACAUGCACACACCUCAUUGUUGCAUGUGAGUUAGAAACAAGAACCCAGUUGAAACAAUACAAGCACAGUACGUUGUCUUAAAGAAAGGAAGUGAGUUGAGCACAAUCUUAAACUGAACAAACACAUCUGAGAAACGUGACAGCAUUUUCCAUUGUUAGUUGAGCAUUUGGAUUAACCUGUUAGUCGCCAAAGGGGCCGCUAAACGAUUUAUGAAAGGUGCUUCUUCCAGUCUAUCUAAAUAUUUGGCGCGUUGGACGGAAGCCAUUAGUGUGUCUGGUGUGGUAUUAAAAGGGUGCUCUGAAAACAACCCGAAUUUCAAAAAGUUUAAACCCAGACGAAAUUGCGACCUUUUUAAGUCGCUUACAGUGUAAUUCUUACCCUGAUACGAACGGUGGUCUCGUCACAUUCCUUUGGAAUCAAAUAUCUCGAAGAAAGAUUAACAAGCCUCUUGAGUGCAAUCUCGACCGGCGGAUCGAUUACAAAUAUUUGUACUAUUUUAGCAGCGAAAGGGUCUGCGGAUUCGUCACCUGUUUAACACGAUCUGUUCUCGUUAAAACUAUGAGUGUUUUCUUCUCUGACUGUGGAAUAACGAAAGAUCACCUCGGUGUCUCAAACCCAACGUCACGUGACAAACUUCUUGCCGCUGUUCAUGAACUGAAGUUGUUCGGUGGACCAGUACCGGAUGAGAGGCAGUUUCGCCCGGGUGUCCCUGGCACAAAUGACAGGGGGGCCCGUCAACGACCAAACAGAAGGUCCCUUCCUGCCAGGCCCGCUAGUAUGCAAGUGCUGGUAAAAGGAAUCUUACCAGACUCUACAGAGAGCGCAAAUUCUCAGUCCUUGAAUAGCCUGGAUGUUGUGGAUCGAAAAACUCCACAAGAAGUUCUUCAAGAGCAGGCUGAGGAAAUGAUGUCGGAAAUAGAAAAGGGCAAAGUUCUAGUGCAGACAACGAUCUUAAACCCUGAAACAGAAUACACAAGUAUUGAAAUAACAAACCAGACAACAAGUAAGGACCUUAUCAGUCUGCUUCUAGAACGGUCUGAUGCGCUUUCCAAGGAUCAUAAUCUAUUUUACGUGGCAGUGGAAAUUGGAAUUCAAAAGAAAGAUUCUGGCCUGCCCAUAUCUCAUAUGAUGGUACUGGCGGAUGAUGCCCGACCUUUGGAGAUUCAGACCCGUCAAGCAACGGGAGAAGCGAAGUUCCAUCUAAAGAUGAGGAGUGGUGGACUGCUACGUGUCCAAGCAGGAAUUCUGAGUCCUGGGGCCACCUACAAGUGUGUGCAGAUAUCUCGUCAAACCAGAGCUGAUGAAGUAGUAAAGAUGAUUUUGUCCAGUUAUGGCAGUGAUGAGCCGCCUGAGAAAUUUGUCCUGGUAGAAAGCCUGUCAGAUUCCGAAGUUGGUCGUAUUCUGGAAGCGGACGAGUGUCCUCUUGAAGUGCAGUCUCGAUGGAAGACUGGAGAUCAGGGAACGUUUACUUUGACGCAAGCAGAGUUCGAGGGUGUUCUCCAGAGUGACGAGAAGACUCGACCAAACAGACAAGAAUCUCUGAGUGAUAACGAAAAGCACAACUACAAUGAUGAUCAGCAAACAAGUCCAUCCACCUCAGAGACGGAAGACAAAGAAACUUUAGAGCAAGUUCGCAAGCGACGAACUUCAAUUGAUGCAUUAGACCUACACAUAGACUUAACCACUGUGAGCUCGAAUCAAGUCAAACGAAAAGUGUCACAGAUUGACAAUUUAAGACAUAAGUUCCAUCAGUACCACAGGAAACCCAGCGCCGCGGUUUCGAGCGAUGGCGGAGAUGUUGAAGGACCGAAGAAGCGUAAAGUUUCGCAGAUCGAUGUAUUUAGAAGUAAAUUUCUUGCUUAUUACGGCGGGAAAACGGAAGGACCUGGUGCUCUUGAUUCGUUAAGUGAAAAUGUGACAACUAACGAAAGUGAUAGCAAAAAUAACAGGACAAAGAAAUCGCCGCCGUUGCGAACCCCUUCAUUUGAACAUUCUGACAGCGAGGAGCUUCCUCGCUUCUCGUCUUCUCCGCCUACUUUUCUGCGCGAUAAUAACAACAACAAGGGCAAAUCUUCACAACAAAGCAUAAAAAAUCAACACAAAGGAAGUGAUUUAGUUCCAAAGCCAUCCCAAACAUCUCGCCUUAGUUUAGCUAGUGUUCUUCAACAUUCCAAGCUUUUCACAGUGACUCUGAACAGGAAGCCGGGAGAAGGUUGGGGUAUAGAGCUCGUUCAUGUAACCAAAACAGGCUCCUCGAUGAGCCAGGACGAAAGUAGCGCGAGCGAAGAUGAAAAAGUAGUUUACGUCCAACACAAUGGGAAUGGACAGAACUCGAUUAUGGACACAUCUUGCGCCAGAGAUAUCAGCAGCGAGUUGAUGACGCCGUCUGGGACAAGCACGCCGCAUUCUGGCAGUUCCACGGGCUCAAGCGAACACGAGAUAACGGCCAUUCUCGGAACAAAUACUCACUCAAGCGCUGACAACGAUAAACCCAAUGAUGACAUGCGACAUAUCGUACACAAAAAGAAUCUUCGGAGGAAAAUGGGAUCUAUUACGAAUAUUCACUUGGCCCCUGAAGGAAUUCCCAUUUCAACCGAAAGAUCUGGUUCAGCGACGAAUUUAAGACCAAUUAACCCCUUGCCGCAGAGGCCCUCUUCUGCGCUUGCGCAAUGGAGAAAGGAGGGAAGUCCUCAGCACCGGCCUGGGGUGCGUAUAGUUGCACUGACUGAGGGAGGAUUGGCGGAAAGUAGCAAAGAACUUGCUGUGGAUGACUUGAUUGUCGAGAUUAAUGGACAGUUCGUGCUAAACUCUCCUCUCGAACCUGUCAUCGCUGCGAUGAAAGAAGCUGACACAGUGACUGUUGUGGUGGCUAGAACCCAGUCUCCUGAGCCAAAACCAGAAGAGAAAGAGAACAAAACAGAUUACAAAGAUGACAUCAAAGCCUUGACGCUACAGAUUCAAAAUCUCGUGACGAAGGUCAGCGAGAUGCAGAGUGACUUGAAAAAGAAAGAUGACAAAAUAAAAACCCUGAAGAAAAUGGUCAAGAAAAGUGGCUUGGACAGCAAGGGGAAAAUUUACCAGUCUGUUCAAGUCCUUGUAUAACCUUACAAUUAAACUUUCACAUCAGUACUUCAUGUGGCCUUAUGCUCCACUCACGAAGGAGCGAGGAGGAUGAGUGAGUGAUCAAUACUUCAUAUGAAAUCUAUCCCAGGCUCUUCAUUACGGACCUCUGCAA